UACUAUUGCAUUAUUGCAAUGUGAUUUUUACUUGUACUAGUGUACAUAUACUAGCUACCAAUAAUGUUCAAGGGAAUUAUGAUCAUUUAAAUCAAAUUGAAGCGUUCUUCAUCACAUUCCAUUUUGAUUACAGUCAUAUAACAACAUCUAAGAACUACCCAUUAUACUAAUCAUCAUGCCAUUUGGUUUGGUCUCAGCCUGGAACAAGCGCCGUCGAAGCAAGUCUCAAGAUCAUACAGACCCUUGGAUUUAUAGGCCUGCAGAGUUUUGGCAACUAGAAGAUCAAGCGCCACAAGCUCCAAAAAAGAGGCAUGGAUCGUCUGUUUUCACACUCAAGGAGAUGGAAGAGGCAACAUGUUCAUUCAGUGAUGAUAAUCUUCUUGGAAAAGGUGGAUUUGGAAAGGUAUACAGAGGAACUCUGCGUUCAGGAGAGGUUGUAGCAAUAAAAAAGAUGGAGCUGCCAGCUAUUAGAGAAGCCGAAGGAGAGCGCGAAUUCCGGGUGGAAGUGGACAUAUUGAGCAGACUAGACCACCCAAAUCUUGUUUCCUUGAUUGGCUACUGUGCUGAUGGAAAGCACAGAUUCUUAGUAUAUGAGUAUAUGCAAAAUGGGAACCUGCAACAUCAUCUGAAUGGAAUUGGGGAAAGAAAAAUGGAUUGGCCUCUAAGGCUGAAAGUGGCAUUAGGAGCUGCAAAAGGACUUGCUUAUCUGCAUUCAAGCUCUUGUGUUGGGAUCCCUAUUGUUCACAGAGAUUUCAAAUCCACCAAUGUUCUUCUAACCUCCAAUUUUGAAGCAAAGAUAUCUGAUUUCGGGCUAGCUAAACUAAUGCCAGAAGGACAAGAGACACAUGUAACUGCUAGAGUGUUUGGUACUUUUGGCUAUUUUGAUCCUGAGUAUACAUCGACCGGAAAACUCACUCUACAAAGUGAUGUUUAUUCUUUUGGCGUUGUCCUUCUGGAGCUUCUGACUGGACGUAGAGCCGUAGAUCUAAACCAAGGUCCAAAUGAUCAAAACCUUGUGGUCCAGGUGAGACACCUACUAAAUGACCGGAAGAAGCUUCGAAAGGUGAUAGAUGCAGAGAUGGCUCGAAACUCUUACACUUUGGAGUCUAUAUUCAUGUUUGCCAAUUUAGCAUCAAGAUGUGUUCGUAGUGACAGUGAUGAGAGGCCUUCCAUGAUAGAGUGUGUUAAAGAACUUCAAAUCAUCAUCUUUACAAAUUCAAAAGGCUUGGGAAUGGUUAUGCAUAGCUUGAGAAUGAUGUAGUUAAAUAUUAGACUUUAGGAUUAAUAAGAAUACUUAUUAUAUAUGAUAACUAGUAUUUUGGAUUAUCGUAUAUGAGAUCAAUGAGGAUUAUUCUUCGUCGAGAAAUCCGAUCCUUAGUUUUCUCAACUGUUUUGGAAUUGUAUUGCCUUAUUGGUUCAACAGUUUUCAUUCCAUUCACACCCGCAUUAUUAAUUCAAAUGUGGAAAAUUGAUCACAAUAUAAACUUUAUUAUUAUUUUU